CUGAUUAUUUAUUUCAGGUACUUAUAUAGCGCCAUCAAUUUACAUAUCGCUUUACCAGGACCCUGCAUUCACUAUAUCUGGUGUCCCCGGACCCUGCAUUCACUAUAUCUGGUGUCCCCGGACCCUGCAUUCACUAUAUCUGAUCUCCCUGGACGCUGCACUCACUAUAUCUGGACUCCCAGGACCCUGCAUUCACUAUAUCUGGUCUCCCAGGACCCUGCAUUCACUAUAUCUGGUCUCCCAGGACCCUGCAUUCACUAUAUCUGCUCUCCCUGGACCCUGCACUCACUAUAUCUGAUCUCCCCGGACCCUGCACUCACUAUAUCUGAUCUCCCCGGACCCUGCAUCCACUAUAUCUGGUCUCCCCGGACCCUGCAUUCAAUAUAUCUGCUCUCCCCGGACCCUGCAUUCACUAUAUCUGGUCUCCCCAGACCCUGCAUUCACUAUAUCUGGUCUCCCCAGACCCUGCAUUCACUAUAUCUGGUCUCCCCGGACCCUACAUUCACUAUAUCUGGUCUCCCCGGACCCUGCAUUCAC